AUGAAUGAAGAAACGUUAGAUGGUGAGGGAAAGUAUGUCCUGAGAUGGGACGUGGUCGAAGAUCGGAUCGAGUUUGAAGUGGUCGCGGGAACAUUGGGAUUCGUCGGGUUUGGUAUUUCUCCUUCGGGAAGAAUGACUGGAGCGGACAUUUUUAUCGCUGGGGUGCGCCCGGAUGGAUCAACGUACGGUCUGGACUUCCAUGCAACCGGGCAAACCACACCUGUCCUGGAUACCCAACAGGAUUGGAGGCUGCUAGAAGCGUAUGUAUUAUCAGGGGAAAACAAGACGGUUUUAAAGUUUUCCCGUUUCUUGAACACGUGUAAUGAGCAAGAUUUUGCAAUCGGGAAUGACACUACCCGAAUUAUCUGGGCGCUCGGGGACACGGAUACGAUCACCUAUCACGGCGCGACCAACCGAGGGACUAAAAGUUUGAAUUUGAUCCGAGCCAACACCCGAACUGAAUAUGUCAUCCUUACAACGUUGCACGAUUGCGAUGAACAUCACAAUGCCAGCGAUUGA